CGCAGCCCGGACAAGCACGAGAUCCUCCAGCUCCACGUUGCCCUUUCUCCCCCACUCGCCCGCCUGACCCCGAAUCGAGAGAGGAAAACAAUGGCGAUGGCGGCGGCGAGGAGAGCCCUCCUGACCCACCUCCGCGUCCCGGUGGCGCGCACCGCAGCGGCGGCGGUAGCGGCGGGAACCGUCCCCGUCGCGGCCCGGAGGCUGUUGUCGUCAACUACGGAGGAAACGAAGGGGUCGUUCCUGGACAAGGGCGAGGUCGCCGACCGCGUCGUCUCCGUCGUCAAGAACUUCCAGAAGGUUGAACCCGCAAAGGUGACACCUACCGCUCAUUUCCAGAAGGACCUUGGACUUGACAGCUUGGACACUGUCGAGGUUGUGAUGGCGUUUGAGGAAGAAUUCGGCUUCGAGAUCCCUGACAAUGAGGCGGAGAAGAUUGACUCCAUAAAGACAGCGGUCGACUUCAUCGCCUCACAUCCCCAAGCAAAAUAAGAGCAUUUCUUCUUUCCCGUUCCAACGCACUUUUGUAUCCAAAACCUGUAUGAGGCACGGAACUGAUUUGCUGUAGCUUGCCCAAGUGGGUGCAUGGCCUGAAGUUUUUCUGGCUGCACCUGCCAAUGGAUAGGAAGUCUGUUCUUUCUCUGUGUUGAUCAUGUUGGAAUAAACCGGCUACCAAUUGGUGGUUGUGGAUUUGUGACCCCAUUUGCAGGUGCUGGAACACCUUUUGCGGCCAAACUUGUGCACACGGUGCAUGGAAGUCGUCAGUAGUAAUCUCUAGAUCCA